GCCUACAUUCGAUGAAAUCUAUGUGUCACUAUCGCCAACCUAAGAAUCGUAAAAAUAAAUCAGAGAAAAAACGUAAAUACACACAAUGGAGCUAAAAGGAUUGGUAUGUCUUGCUUUCGGUGGAUCCAUUGGGAUAACAUUCGUUAUCUUGGCUUGUGCACUUCCACAAUUUAACUUGUGGUGGCCAUUUUUCGUUUUCGCCUUUUACAUCCUGGCCAUUUUGCCAACGAUAAUCGCAAAACGAUCUGAAUCCCGAGCGCGCAUUGACCUGUCCAUAUUUUUAACGGUUGGAUUUGUACUGAGCAGUUUCUACUUACCGAUCGUGAUGGCUCGUAGUCAAACGAUUUUAUGGGCUGCCUGCUACUUAACAAUCACAGGCAACGUUAUUGUCUACCUCACAAUGUUUGCUUUCUUUGCAAUGAUGGACGGUGACAAUUUUGAAUACGGAGGAGGUUUUUAGAGGAAACGUUUAGGAAUAGAGAAAGUAGUUUGUUUAAUCGAAUAAGUGAGCUUAAAUUAUGGAGACGAACAGUCACAACUCUUUUGGAGACAUUAUAUUGAUACAAAAAAUGAAA